AUGUAUUCUCUAAAUGGCUGUUUUUAUUCCUCCUCCAAACAGAAACUGGGUGAAGGACUAGCAAAGCUGCGGACGGUGAGAGAGGCUCCAUCAGACUGCAUGUGCCCCCCAGGACCUCCAGGGAGGCGAGGGAAGCCAGGCCGGCGUGGAGAACCUGGACCUGCAGGGCAGUCAGGACGUGAUGGUUACCCGGGGCCUCUUGGUUUGGAUGGCAAACCUGGACCUCCAGGACCAAAAGGGGAGAAGGGUGAAGCAGGGGACGUCGGCCCAAGGGGUGAUCGAGGUCGAGAUGGAGUCACUGGCCCCCCUGGUCCACCAGGACCCCCAGGUGCCCGGGGGCCUCCUGGUGACACGGGAAAGGAUGGCCCAAGAGGACCUCCAGGCUCCCCUGGUUUCAAAGGCGAGCCAGGAGAGGAUGGCAUCAUGGGUGCCAGAGGACCUCCAGGACCAAAGGGUGAGCCUGGCAUCCAAGGGAAAAAGGGUGAUGAUGGAAUCCCUGGAGAACCAGGACCUGUGGGCCCUAAGGGAGAAAAAGGAAGUGUGGGUCCCAAGGGAGAGAAUGGCACAGAUGGAUUCCCAGGACCCAAGGGUGAACCUGGUGAGAAGGGAGGAAUUGGCUCCAUUGGACCUCGGGGUCCCCCUGGCCUGAAAGGGGAACAGGGUGACACUGUUGUGAUUGACUACGAUGGCAGAAUCCUGGAUGCACUCAAGGGUCCACCAGGUCCCCCAGGCCCACCAGGCCCCCAAGGCACUCCAGGUCCCAAGGGAGAGCUGGGCUUGCCAGGUCCACCUGGACUGGAUGGGGAGAAGGGUCCCAAAGGAGCAAAGGGUGACCAGGGCAGCACAGGCAUGACGGGGCAGAAAGGAGAGACAGGAGAAAUGGGCUUAGCAGGUCCACAGGGAGCAGAAGGGUCCAAAGGAGAAAAAGGAGACACUGGGUCACCGUGUCUGCAGAAUAAUCAUAUCAUACCUGAGCCUGGACCCCCUGGAUUACCUGGCCCUAUGGGUCCUCCAGGAAUCCAGGGGCCUAAAGGUCUGGAUGGUGCAAAGGGAGAGAAAGGUGACAGUGGUGAGAAGGGAGACCACGGUGACCCUGGACCCGCUGGUCUCCCAGGUGCUCCAGGGCUCAUCGGUUUACCUGGUACCAAAGGAGAGAAGGGAAAGCCAGGGGAGCCAGGAUUGGAUGGUUUCCCAGGCCUCAGAGGAGAGAAAGGAGAGCGAAGUGAAAGAGGGGAGAAGGGUGAGCGAGGAAUACCAGGGAGAAAAGGAGCCAAAGGGCAGAAGGGGGAGCCAGGCCCUCCUGGACUGGACCAGCCUUGUCCCGUGGUAAGUCUUUUAUUUCACUCAUCCUAAGCACACGUUGCUGGGGCUGAAAAGAGCUGCAGCUUUGCAGCCAGGGAAAAGGAGGGAGGAUUUGGGAGUUCUCUAUUUUGCAGUAAAUCAGACCAGAUGGUUAUUGUUUUCUCACUUUUCUUACUGUUUAUCUGCACUGCUGGAAGUUCACUGCUCGCUCUAAGGGCUCACUGGCCAGAUGGGAGCAAGCCACAGCAGUAA